AUGCUGCGCGAACUGUUUCUUCCUCCCAUGUUUCCCUUCUGCUUUGCCUCCGCUGAGUACAAGGCUCUUAAGACGAUGGUGAAUCGGAAAAACAUUUUCACGUUUCGUUCUUUGGUGAUUUUCUCGUGCUUCGCAUACUCGAUUCUACUGAUACUGAAGUCUGACUGGCCAACAAGGAAAUACGACGCACACCUCGCAGGACGAGGCAGGCACGCCCCGUCCAAGGGAGUGAUACUCCUGACGCAGAUGCGCUCGGGUUCCUCCUUCAUGGGCGUCCUUUUGACGGCGGCGGCGUCGACGUUUUACACCGAGGAGCCCGUGAGAGAGUUCAUGCUAUUCCCUCCGUCCAGUCCCAAGGACGUCGCCAAGGCCUUACAACUUCUGCGGGACGUUUUGCGCUGCAGGUUCGCCGCGCGCCCCGACUACUAUGAGAAGCGCCUCAUGCUGAUGCACUACCACGACGCGAGCACCGGCAGCCUGUGCUCGUUCUCCAAGGAGCUGUGCAUGUCGCCGCUCACCACCGAGACGAUGUGCCUCGCCGCCCACGUCCGCCUGGCGAGGGUCGUGGUGCUGGAUCUGGAACGCGCGGCGCCCGUCCUCCAGGACUCCGACCUCGACACGCACGCCAUCCACCUAGUGAGGGAUCCGCGCGGUGUCCUGUCCUCCAGGGGAAAGCUGAGCAAGUACGGCUAUUUCUCAGGAGAAGCCCUAAACGCCAGCUCCAUCUGCGACAGGUACCGGAGGGACAUGAGAGGUGCAGCAGCCGUGAAGGCCUCGGUCCCGCACAGAUGGCUCCACAUGUGCUCAGCCGGCAAGGAGGCUAUCAGUAGCCCGAGUGACCGAUCCUGA